UUGAAGCUUUCUUUCGAACUACCAAUAUGGCCGACACUUCUGUGACAAUUCGCACUCGCAAAUUCCUCACCAACCGUUUGCUCCAACGCAAGCAAAUGGUCGUCGAUGUGAUUCACCCUGGUCUCGCUAACCUCUCCAAGGACCAGAUCCGCGAGAAGCUCGGCAAGAUGUACAAGGCCGAAAAGGAGGUUGUCUCUGUUUUUGGUUUCAAGACCCACUUUGGUGGCGGAAAGACCACUGGUUUCGGUUUGAUCUACGAUUCCGUCGAAGCAUUGAAGAAGUUUGAACCCAAGUACCGUCUUGCCAGAAUUGGUUUGGCUGAACCUGGUAAGGGUGGUCGCAAGCAGCGCAAGGAAAAGAAGAACCGUGCCAAGAAGUUCCGCGGUACCAAGAAGUCCAAGGCCUCCGCUGGCAAGAAAUAAGUGGGCGUCUCUUGAUCCUGAUUCAUCCAAAAAUACAUAUUGGCUACACACCAUCAUUUUUGUAUACUUUUUCUUUUUCUUUCUCAUUCAAAUCUUGGUUUCAAAAAUGCAUGUGUGAAAUCUACUUGUGUGCGUGUGUUUUUUAAUUUAUGAGAUCCUGCAAUCCAACCGCCAGCUUUGGCUAUUGGACGUAUUGGCUUUGCUCUUGUAUAGAUCAGUCGUUCGUUCGAUCGUUCCUUUUUCGUUUUCCAGCUCUUAAAAAGUGAUCGUCAAGUGAAAGCACGAAUUUAGAAAACAG